AUGGAGAAUGGAGGAAGGGAUUUGGCAAGUAAAGAGCAGCAUAGCGUAGAGCAUUGAUUCACAUUGAUUGAUAAUUGCAUUGGCCUCUCUGUCACUGGGGUUUCAUUCAUUCAUCAAAUGCAAUGCAAUUUGUAUAAUCAUUCAUGUAACCAACCAUAACUCAUCGUUGCCGUUUCCAUAGCCUCGCUCGCACCCAAUUCCUUACCCUCUCUUCUCUCUUCUCUCUUCAUAUUCCCCUCUUUGUUUCUCUCCGUACACUCGAUUCCGUUCCUUCUUCGCUGUUAGAUCAAUCAUCGAUAUCCUCUUUGCCAUUGACUUUGCUUUGGAACAUCAGGGGUGGCUUCCUUUAUAGCAGGAAAUCACAGUUGGAAAGUUAUCUGUGUCGGAUGAAAGAGUGGCUAUCCACUUACAAUGGCUGGACUUAUUGAAGGACUCCCUGAUGCUGUUGCAAUAAGGUGCCUUGCUCGGGUUCCCUUCUACCUCCAUCCGAAGUUAGAGGUUGUCUGCCGUUCUUGGCAAGCAGCUGUUCGUAGCCCUGAACUAUUUAAAGCUCGGCAGGAGGUUGGUUCAUCAGAGGAGUUGUUAUGUGUCUGUGCUUUUGACCCAGAGAAUGUGUGGCAGCUGUAUGACCCUCUACGAGAUCUGUGGAUUACACUUCCGGUUCUUCCCUCAAAAAUAAGGCAUCUUUCGCACUUUGGUGCUGUUUCCACUGCUGGAAAGUUGUUUGUGAUUGGCGGUGGCAGUGACGCAGUUGAUCCCUUGACUGGUGACCAAGACGGCUGUUUUGCAACAGAUGAAGUCUGGUCAUAUGAUCCGGUAGUCCGGCAGUGGGCCCCUCGAGCAUCAAUGCUGGUUCCGCGCUCUAUGUUUGCAUGCUGUGUUUUGAAUGGGAAAAUUGUUGUGGCUGGGGGCUUCACCAGCUGCCGAAAAUCAAUAUCUCAAGCAGAAAUGUAUGACCCUGAGAAGGAUGUAUGGAUUCCAAUGGCUGAUCUUCAUCGCACCCACAAUUCAGCCUGUUCAGGAGUAGUGAUAGGUGGAAAGGUGCAUGUGCUGCACAAGGACAUGUCAACAGUUCAAGUUUUAGACAAUGCGGGGCCUGGAUGGAUUGUUGAGGAAUGCGGGUGGCUCCAAGGUCCUAUGGCGGUUGUUCAAGAUGCACUUUAUGUGAUUAGCCAUGGAUUCAUCUUCAAGCAGGACAAAGAAGGGAGAAAGGUGGUAGGUUCAGCUUCCGAGUUCCGAAGGAGAAUUGGGUUUGCAAUGAUAGGGGUGGUUGAUGAUCUAUACGUGAUUGGAGGCUUCAUUGGCCCUGACAGAUGGGACUGGGACAUUAAGCCAUUAUCAGAUGUCGAUAUUCUCACACUUGGGAGUGAGAGACCAAAUUGGCGUCAGGCAGCUCCAAUGACAAGAUGUCGUGGUACUAUUCUUGGUUGUACACUGCUGAGAAUUUAGACCUUGGCAACUUUCUUAGGCCUUUGUGUAAUUUGUGGCUCAUGGGGGAUUUGGGUCCCCUAAACUAGACAAAGAAUUAGUUGUUUCAAUGGCUUCCUUAUUUUGUAUGUAAGCCAUAAUAUUUAUCCUUGUCUUUGUGAUGAUUACAUGCUGGUAAAUUAGGCAAGCCCUUUGUCUGUUCUGUUCGAAACAAAACAGUAGGUGAAGGACCAUCAGUUAGGCAGGAACAAGCCGGUUCUACAACAAUUGCAAGUUUGUCACCUUUCUUUAGGAAAAAGGACCACUUCAUAGUUCAUAGUUCCUUUUUGUCAUAGGUCAUAGACUCAUAGUCAUAGGGUUAAUGUUCGUAAACUUCAUAACCAGGUCAACCGAUAAAAUGUGACAAUUAAACUAGCAGUGAAAAUGGAGUUUCACUUUGCAAAUUAUUUCUGUAAAUUGUGUUCGUGUGUUUGAGUUCUGCAUUUCAGCUGUAUAUCUAUUUUUG